AUGGAGCCAUCCAUAAUAUCACCCACCAUCAUUCCCACAACUUCAUGGUUUACACCCAAAAGGUUACUUGCUGUAUUUUGUGUGAUUAACUUGUUAACUUAUUUGGAUCGAGGAGCAAUAGCUAGCAAUGGUGUUAAUGGUAGUAAAGGAACAUGCAGUGAAGGUGCUGUUACUUGCACUUCUGGUACAGGAAUACAGGGGGACUUUAACUUGAACAAUUUCCAAGAUGGAGUUUUAUCAUCUGCUUUUUUGGUAGGAAUUAUGGUGGCUUCUCCGAUAUUUGCUUCUCUAACUAAAAGUGUAAAUCCAUUUAGACUUAUAGGAGUUGGAUUAUCAGUUUGGACUCUUGCAACCUUAUUUUGUGGUUUUUCUUUUAACUUCUGGUCCAUUUCAGUCUGUCGCAUGCUUGUUGGUGUUGGCGAAGCUUCGUUUGUAAGUCUAGCAGCACCUUUUAUUGAUGACAAUGCCCCAGCUUCUCAGAAAACAGCAUGGCUCGCAGUAUUUUACAUGUGUAUACCAUUGGGAUAUGCACUUGGCUAUAUCUAUGGUGGUUUGGUCGGGAGUCAUUUUGGUUGGCGUUACGCAUUCUGGAUAGAGUCUAUAUUGAUGCUUCCAUUUGCUAUUUCAGGAUUUUUAAUGAAGCCUUUAGAGUUGAAAGGGUUAGUCCCCGCCGAUUUGAUAAAGGCAGAAGUACCAGAAGAUAAAUCCAACACUUCAUCUACAGCAAAAAUGUUUGAUGAGUUCUGGAGAUUUUGGAUUGAUAUGAAAGUGCUUCUGCUAAAUAAGGUUUAUGUUAUCAAUGUUCUAGGUUACAUAGGGUACGACUUCGUCUUAGGUGCAUACUCAUAUUGGGGUCCCAGAGCUGCCUAUAAUAUUUACCACAUGACCGAUGCAGAUUUAGUAUUUGGAGGAAUUGCAAUGGUAUGUGGAAUAGUCGGCACAUUAGCUGGAGGCUUUGCUCUCGAUUUUCUAAAUAACAGUAACACCUUAUCAAAUGCAUUUAAGCUUCUCUCAGUGACAACGCUUAUCGGUGCAGCAUUCUUUUUUGGUGCCUUCUUAUGCAGAAAUGUGAAUGGCUUUCUCGCUCUUUUGUCUAUUGGCGAACUUUUUGUUUUCGCCACACAGGGUCCUGUGAAUUAUGUGAGUCUCCAUUGUGUUGAACCAAGUUUGAGGCCGCUAUCAAUGGCUAUGUUAACCGUUGCGAUUCAUCUCUUUGGAGAUGUGCCUUCCUCGCCUCUUGCCGGACUUCUCCUGGAUAGUAUUAACAACUGGAGAACAACUUCGUUGAUCCUAACAACCAUAUUGUUUCCAACGGCUGGAAUAUGGUUUAUCGGAAUAUUUGUGCAUAGUGUGGAUAGAUUUGAGGAUGAUAAUGAGAAUCAAGUGUGCACUAUACCUUUACUUCAAGAGAAGCCUGAAGAAACAUCAACAUCUCACGCACAAUCUCAAGAAUGUUGA